CGCUGCGGGCACCGUGCCGGCUGCUGCUCUGGUGGCGACGAGCCCGCGGUUCUUGCAGCUGCCAGGUGCCGCUGCCAGCCAUGACUUUGCUCCUCGUCCUCGUCCUGCUGGCCCUGUGCUGGCCCGUGCACGCCACGUGGGACAGCUGUGGAGCGACCUGCGGGCUGCGGCCCAUGGCUUAUCACUACGGCACGUCGCGUGUCGUGGGUGGCACGGACGCCCAGCCAGGGGCCUGGCCCUGGAUCGUCAGCAUCCAGGACCCCUGGGAAGCAGGCACGGGGCACAUCUGCGGAGGGUCCCUCAUCAGCUCGCAGUGGGUCCUCACGGCAGCCCACUGCUUCAUCAACGCCAGGCACAUCAGCAUGUGGCGCGUGGUGGUCGGGGCCACCCGCUUGUCUCGGCUGGGCCCGGAGGUCCAAGUGCGCAAUAUUCGGCGGCUCCUGGUUCACCAGCACUAUAAUAACAUCUCACAGAGCAACGACAUUGCGUUGCUGGAACUGAACCACCCCGUCCAGUGCAGCUACUACACACAGCUCGCCUGUGUGCCCGACGCCUCGCUGAGAGUGUCGGAGCUGACGACCUGCUACGUCAGUGGUUGGGGUGCCACGGCUGCAAGAUCUGCAAAAUCAGCUGAUGUCCUGCAGGAGGCCCAGGUCCACCUCAUCGACAUCAACCUCUGCAACAGCAGCCGGUGGUACAGAGGGGCCAUCCACAGCCACAACCUGUGUGCUGGCUACCCACAGGGUGGCAUCGACACCUGCCAGGGUGACAGCGGUGGUCCUCUGGUGUGCAAAGACAAGAGUGCGGAAUACUUCUGGCUUGUCGGCCUGACCAGCUGGGGGAGAGGCUGCGCAAGAGCCAGGCAGCCCGGCAUCUACACCUCCACGCAGCACUUCUACAACUGGAUCCUGGUCCAGAUGGGACUGCGCCCGGCACCAACAGCUACCCCGACACCACAGCCAGCCUCCACCUCCACCCCCUAUCAGAGGCCAAAGACAACACCAACACAAUCGGACAGGUUUGGAUCCUGCCCGUUUCCACGACAGAAGCUGGUGGAAUUCUUUACUCGGGUGCAGGAGCUCCUGAGGCUCCUAAGAGGGGAAAAGGCUUGAGCAGCAGGACGCACAGGACCCAGCGCAGGCUGCAGCGUUCCACCGCGUCUCCUUCUGGGGCAACACCUGCCGAUCCAAAGGCAGCCUCAGUGCCAAAGGCCUGCUCAGUCCUGCCCACGCUCCUCCGAGUGUACGCGGGUGCGGACGAUGACGGUUGUUGAAAUAAAGUUGCCGAUUUUCUCAGCUAACCGUGCCUCGCUCCAAUUCAGUCUCCUGUGCAAGGGAAGGACUUCCCUGCCCAGCACCUGCGGAGUGGGGCUGCAGGCACACCGUGGGGCACAAAGGGCAAGAGUCGCUCCCGAGGGCUGGCGAUGUGCC